AUAAAUGACGAAGAAGAAGAGGGAGGCGGAAGUGGAAUCUUAGCCGUGAAGUAAACAAGGGUUUGAGGUGUCCGUAGAUAGGACAUCACUUCAAGGAAUUAGGAGGCUCCAAGCAGCAAACAUUGAUGGUUAUGGAGAAUGAUGAACAACUCUACAGCAAAUAAGAACCACAUACCCUGCCAGACAUGGGCAGGGCAGAAUGGCUGGUCCACAACUACAUCUGAACAACUCCUCAUCAACCAACACACCAGUUCUCACCAUCUUGGUCUGGGCUCGUCCUCUGAGCAGAGAACCUUAUAUAAUCUCUCGCAUACGUCCAGUCAAAGCUGUAUUAAUGAUCCAAGUACCUUAACUUCCAGAAACAACAAUCCUCACACUGCCCUGUACAAUGACCCACGCAUGAGCAACAUCACAUUAUCUAACUUGCUGUAUGACAACACUGCAGUCUCGAGUGCUGCUCACUCGAUUUCCUUUUCUCAGCAAAGCCCUCACACCUCUUCAAUGAUGAUAGCCACAAACCAAGAAAAAGCUAUCCCCCCACCAUCUCUUUCUCAACAAAACCAAGGACCACAACCUUGUAGGACCCAGGAUUUGCCAUUUAUUGCACCCAACAGCCCGCUCAAAGCCUUGUUUCACAGUCAGAUAUCCAGUCAGUGUUUACCGAACAGACUGCAGGAUUUUCCCAUCAGUCUACAAUCAUGCGAACAACACAUAAAUACAACUCAAGCUAGUUUUGGAGGACAAAAUAUGGAGUCAGUUGGUAUUACUGGAUACGCUCAUAGCAGUGCCUCGUCUUCCACUUCUCAGGAGCGGUCUCACUGGGUUCCUUCAUCACAUAGUGGGGAAGCUGGAAAAAGCGCUGUCACAGUUGGAGCUGGUCAUCCUGAAAAGGAAACAUCACAGGAGGAGAUUAUGGAGAAUAUGCCCAAAAGUCCUCAACUGGUUAACAAUGAAAAAUCACGUUCAGCAAUUCUACAAAAGCGUGCUCAACUACUUAAACAGCUGGAGCGUAUGGAUGAACUUCUCCAGUCACUACCUCCAGAUUAUAGCGAUGAUGAGAUGGUGCCAGAAACACCUGAUACAAAACAGACUAACGUCAGUGAUGGAUACCACAUUCAACUGCCACCAAAAGAGGAAAACGAAGACGAAUCUGUUGCAGAGGAUGACAGUGAUCACGAAGGCGAUCCUGAUUACAUGCCUCACAGUGAAGGCAGUGAUUCUGACUGCCCAUCCGACACCGACCCCAGAGAUUCCCACCCGCUCAGCAGCCCCUCAACCCCUGCAACAAAAAGGAACCUUCCAGUAAAGGAAGAAAUGAAUGAAUCGGAAAAUCAAAGUACAACUCCUCCAAAAAAGAAACAUAGAAUCAAUCAGAAGAACAUCUUAAAAGCUGUUGUGUUAUCAACUUCAGCUAUGGAAGUAGGACGUGAUUACGACGUUAGGAAUUACUGUUUGUUUUGCUCCAAGCCGAUGACCAAAUUGGCCCGGCAUCUCGAGAGAGUCCACAGUGACAAACCAGAGGUUGCGAUUGCAUUCCAGUAUCCGCUGCAUUCCAAAGAACGAAAAGAAAUUUGGAGAAAAAUCAGAAUUGAAGGAAACUUUGCACAUAACAGAGAUGUUCUCAGAACAGGAGAGGGACAGCUUGCUGUGCGAGUAAGACCCAGAAUACCCACCAAAGCUGUGGACUUCAUUCACUGCAUUUACUGUCGUGCUCUCUUUAAAAAGUCAUCUCUGUAUGGGCACAUGAGCAAAUGUCCAGAAAAAGCUAAGAUAAAAGAUGGCUUGCCGAGGGGUAGAAAGAGCAUCAUAUCACAGAGUGUGCUUUUAACUGUAGACUGCGACGACCUCGGUAUAAGUGAGAGCAUGAAGAAAGUUCUGAGUGAAAUGAAUUAUGAUGAUGUGACCCGAGCCGUCAUGGGUGACAGGAUUCUCUUGCAGUAUGGGGAGCAAAUGUGUGAAGACCACAGCCACGAUGUGGAGAAGUAUCAGUACAUAAGGCAAAACCUACGUCAGAUAGCAAGACUUUUGCUCGAGGCUCAAAAGACAACCUCAAUGCAAAAUAUGGAGGAUUUCUUUCAUCCCUCAAACUUCGAACACGUGGUGUCUGCUGUGAAUGUCCUGGCAGGUUACGAUGCAGACAAGAAAGCAUUUAGUAUCCCCUCUCUUGCAAUUAAGCUUGGUUACAACCUACAGAAGACCUGUUGCAUUGUUGAGGACAAUGCCACAGAGUCAGGUCACACUGAUGUAGCGGAGUCUGCCAGAAGCUUCCUCUCUUUGUAUCAGCAGAAAUGGAGUAAGCUCAUUUCUAUAGAUGCUUUAAAAAAUCUCAAAGAAACCAAACAGAAAAAUAAAAAACCAGUGCCAUUUGCUCAAUUUGCUGAAGAUGUGAAACUCCUGCAUACCCUCAUGGAAAAUGUCCAUCGUGAUGCAGAGAAGAAGCUCAGAGAUGGGGUAAAUAAAGAAAACUACGGUGCUCUGGCCAGGAUCGUACUCGCUCGGACGAUUGUUUUCAACAAGAGGGAAACUCGAGAGAUUGCAACGAUGCCUGUAACAGCGUUCGAGUCACGGAAGAAGUCCACUAAUUUUGACGAAAUGGAUGUGUCCGUCUCAGAACUGGAAAAAACCCUGUGUGGGUUCUUCACUAGAGUUGACAUCAGAGGGAGCUGUGGGAGAGUGGUUCCCAUUUUACUCAAGCCCUGUUUUGAGUCAUCUAUGGAGCUUCUAGUAAGUGUUCGCAAAGAAUGCGGGAUCCUCAGUAACAACCCCUUCAUCUUUGCCCGACCGAGCACACUGUCCGCCUACCGUGGAACAGACUGCCUCAGAGGAUUAGUCAAAGAAUGUGGAGCUAAAAACCCAGAAGCGUUAACGUCCAAAAAUAUGCGGAAGCGCUUCACAAAAAUGCUCCAGCUGAUCAACCUGAAUGAAAACGAGGCUAAACAGAUUUUUGGCCCCAAAAGUCAAAUCCCACAACAGAGCGAUGACGAUGAUGCUGACAUGGAGUCUGGAGAAGAAGAAGAAGCCUCCACAGGGCAUAACAGGGAAGCCUCCAGUACGAGCCAUGGUCCUAAUCACCGAGAGAGACGUGGAGAACGUACAAGCUGCAAAAUGACGGCACCUUCCAAACCUGUCAAAAAAAGACAAGGUCACCAUCAAAAAAGCAAACUUAAGUGGGAUGAAGCUGAAGUCAGUGCCGUAGAAAAACACAUGAUGCGUUUCAUUAAAGAACACAAGGUGCCGCAGAAAAAUGACUGUGUUCAAUGCCUCGAGGCUGAGCCACAUGCACUAAAGGCCCGUUCCUGGAAAGGAGUAAAGGACUAUGUCAGAAACAGGAUCACUACUUUACAGAGACAGAAGGACUCCUCCAGGGAUUUAUCAAGGAGUAAAAAGGGCCCCAGGCAGAAAGAACAGCAGCAGGGCAAUGUGAAAUUACAACCUUCAGAGGGAUACGAAUAUGCUUCAGGGUCUCGCAGUGAAGUCUACAGUGCCAGGAGUGAACCAGCUGCUCAUUAUCAUCAGCAAGCACGUGGAGAAACAACAAGCUGUGACAGGACUGCACCUCACAAAUCUACGAAAUCAAAGGAAAAAGCUGCUACAGGUGUCCAUCACAAAGGCAAAAUCAAGUGGGAUGAAACAGAAGUUCGCGCUGUAGAAAAGCACAUGAUGCGUUUCAUCAAAGAACACAAGGUGCCUCAGAAGGACGAUUGUGUUCAGUGCCUCAGUGCUGAGCCACAUGCACUGAAGGCCCGUUCCUGGAAAGGAGUAAAGGACUAUGUCAGAAACAGGAUCACUUCUCUGCAGAGACUGAGUCGCUCUUCCAAGAAUUCAUCCAAAAAACAGAACAGGUCCAGACAUGAGGAGCAGUUCUUGCAGAAUGUUGGAUAUUACCAUCAGUUGUAGAUAUAACCUGUUACUGAUACACAAACUUGUUUUGUACUACUUCCCCAUAUUCUCAUUACUGUCUUCACUGCCCUUUGUCAUUGUCUUACAUCUUUUAAUCAGGCUCGAUGUCCAUCUCUGUCAUUGUUUAAACAAUUCCUUCAAGGAAAAUGUUGAUGAUCAUGUUUGUGGUCAGUGAUUGGCAGGUGUUCUCUUCCACAUGUUACUGUACAUUUACUUUUUAUCAAGUUUAUUUGAUAGAGACUGUUAAAAAAUUAUGACACGGUAUGUGUAUUACAAAUUUAGUUAAUGGCAAAGUUAAAGGUUUUGAUGCUUUCCGUCUACUGACUGUGACUAGUGGCAUUUUGCAUUUGAUUUGACUUUGUAUAACUAACCAGAAGUAUCAAGAAAAAUAAUGAGUUACUGCUAUUCCAUAAAUAAAA